AUGCAUCUGCCCGCCGAGCCCAUCGGAUUCGGACUGAUGAGCGGCGGCGAGCCCCCUCCGACCUUUGACAGCAAGUCGGCCCUCGCCGCCCCGUUCGACCCCCUGGCGUCUCUGGGGCCCGAAGCAGGCGAUCUGGUCCGGACGGGGAGCCCCUGCUUCGCGUGCAGCCCCCUACCCGGCCACUGGCGUUCGAACAAGACGCUCCCCACCGCCUUUCGAGUCGUCUGCCUGGGCGACGUGCCCGACGGCACGGCGGUGCGCGUGCAAGCCGGCAACGACGAAAAUUUCUGCGGCGAGCUCAAGAACGCCACGGCCGUUUUCAAGAAUAACGUCGCCAAGUUCAACGAUUUGAGGUUCGUCGGGAGGAGUGGCAGAGGUAAACACUUCAAUCUGACGCUAACGAUCGAGACGAAUCCCCCUCAAGUGGCCACCUACAACAAGGCCAUCAAGAUCACGGUGGAUGGACCAAGGGAGCCCAGGACCAAGAUGAGGUUUGUGAAUGUCUCCCUGAAAUUGUUGAAGUCUUAUUCUCCUCACAGCCGUAGUAGCUCACCCAACGUGGAACUUAUACAGUUCCAAAGAGUACAUUCGGAUCCACCUCUACCCUCAGAGUGGGGAGAGACUCAAGUAAAAAAAGAACAACAGUGGAAUCCCGUGGAAAUUCCACACUGCACACCAGUCACUACGCAUAGUGUAUCUUCGUCAACUUCUACUAUCCCGUGGAUGAUUUCUCCUGGCCCUUCUCAGCCACAAUACUUGAUGCCAUCCACGCCUAUCGUCCUAGGUGGUGAGUCCGGGGGAACUGUCUCAUCCAUUGUUACAACCUCAUCUACUUCAGCUUUAACAUCGAGUUUGUUAGAUGUUGGAGCUUCAUCUACAUCACAGCAACUUCUUGACAGCAACUUUCUGAACUUGGACCUUGUGUAUGAAAACUUGACGUCGGGUCAAACCACUGUCGACGAGAAAACCUCAAAGAUUCCUCGGCAAGAUAUUUUCGGUCGUCAAGACAUCUUCGGUGAUAAAACUUUUGACUUAGGUCUUACCGCGACUUCUGUGGAAAAUACCAACUCUUACAAGUCAUCUUAUGUGUCUUCAACCUCUGCAUCUAUGUACCCAUGCUAUUCUUCAGAGAUACCAAACUGUUCGACUUCGUUUUUCGCUCCUAGUUCUCAGGGAUUAUUGCAAGACAACAGUAAUGCGGCAGCUGGUGGACUUGCGUCUUCCAUUAUCCCAAGUCGGUCCGAGCCACCACCAGUGCCAGGAAGUGCCUCUUGUUUACCUUCUUACAAUUUCCCGUCAUCCACCGUCAUGGAUUCAUCUUCACCUCUCGCCUUCAAGCCAUCUUCCAUUGACUUUUACACAUCAUCUUCAGAGUACUCUCCUGGUCUUUUGACUAUGGCUGCCAAUGUUUUAUCUUCAACCCCAACCAGUGAUCUGACUUCUUUCUCAUUGGAUAUUUUCGAGCCCGGUUUAAGGACUCCUACGGUUCCUGCAGUAACAGUUUCAACUUCAUUCGCGAUUCCAUCGACUGAGUCUUUUCCAUCUGUGAUGCAUACUGAACAAAUAGCAAGUACAAGCAGUUUUGAAAACAUACCAUCAUCAGUGUCAUCGACUGUGAGCUCAAGCUCUCUGUUAUCAUCUGAUAUUUGGAGGCCUUGCUGA